AUGAAGCUCGCCUUGGUACUUGCCACCCUUACGGCCACAGCGCUCAGUCAAAAGGAGCUGUGUGCACAAUACGACUCUGUCUCGAGCCCUCCGUACACAGUAAACAACAAUCUCUGGGGUAAGGAUUCGGGGACUGGCUCCCAGUGCGUCUACAUUGACAACCUCUCCAGCUCGGGCGCUGCGUGGCACACAACCUGGACCUGGAACGGUGGCGAAGGCAGUGUGAAAAGCUAUUCUAACUCCGGAGUAAACUUUGAGAAGAAGCUCGUGAGUGAUGUCCACAGUAUUUCCACCGACAACCACGUUACAUGGAGCGGCGAUUAUGAACUGAUGAUAUGGCUCGCUCGCUACGGCGCUAUCCAGCCCAUCGGCACCAAGAUCGAUACCACUACGGUUGAAGGCCAUACUUGGGAACUAUGGUACGGCACCAGCAUCCAGGCAGGCGCCGAGCAGAAGACGUACAGCUUCGUCUCGGCCACCCCGAUGAACUCCUUUAGUGGGGACAUUAAGCCAUUUUUCGACCAUCUCACCUCUAAGCACGAUUAUCCUGCUUCCGCUCAGUAUCUGAUCAAUCUUCAAUUCGGAACUGUGAAAGUUACCGGUGGCCCGGUAACUUUCACAGUUCCGAAAUGGACUGCCACUGUCAACUAA